AUGCGUCCAAGAAACGAUAGUAGCUGGCUCGAUGUCAGACACGGCGGGGAUGAUACUUUUGUUGUCCAGGACCACGGCCGAUUGACGCAAUUAAUUUCUGAAUUGCCUCGAUCAAAUCAUCAAUAUCCUCUACUAUCAGUUUUCAUUGGUAAUAAGACCAAAGAUGUUGCACUCCAGACAAUCUUCCCCCAUAACAAUAUUCGAAGAACCCGGUCAAAAUCCAGUAUCGGUCUGCGGUACGAUACAGCCUCCGUUGGCAGCGACAAUCCGACCCUAUUCGCCGAUGGAGAUAUUAAUUCAAACAGGGAAUGCAACGAUCCCAUGCCAGGGGUACAUGACUAUUCGGUCACAUGGGACGUUGAUAACACUAAUAAUGCAUUAAAACUGCUCUAUGCUCAUCUGUUAUUUAUCUUCGCUGAUGUCGUGUGCAUUUUUGCCGAUGACUUCCCUGAUAUUGCGUCAGUGGCUCAGUUCUUGAUCGAUUGUAUUGAGUCUGGUUCACAAUCGACACUUCCUAGAGUGGUCCGACCUCGGGUACUUGUGGUUCUAGCAGAUUAUCCGGACCAAGCCAUUCAAGACGGUUCUGCGGUCGAAAGUUUCUACCAGAAGCUACACGCAGCUGGCCCCACUCGCCUCUCCGAGCCAUUCGCAUUUAUAAACCUUGUGUACUUGGAUUUCAAUCAUUCUGAGCAAACCAGAUACGACCGAUUGCGCGUAUGGCUGAAAAUACAGAGCGAUGAUAUUAGGACUGUCCGCAGGGUAAACUGGGCAGAGUGGAACACAUUACAAUUAAACGCUUUUUUCCGGUCGGCACUUAGACAGUUAUCGUCGAAUGACAAAUUCCCGUUUAAUUUUGUGAAAGCAUCCAGGGAAGAAAAUCCCGUACCUGCCGGACUGAGCAACCACAUCUUGCACUAUAUGGAGGUUGGCACUCGGCAAGGAUGUUCGCUGGAGACCUUACUUUCAAGUAUGGCGUCUGCCUUGAUAAUGGACCACUAUGUGCCUGAUAUGAUUCUGAUGGAACCACGGGCCGUCCUACGAACUCUAUAUCGUCCCGCAUUCCUCCAGGCGUUCCGUGAUUACAGGGGGCCGAAGCUCCCAAGGCCAGUUGCGAUGUUGAUCUCUGGAGUGGAGCAAGAGUUUGUAAGACAGUUCCAGUUGCUACAAUCUACUGGACAGUCAUCUCUAGAUUUUCGACGUUGCCAACUUUUAUCAAUGAGCGCCGAAUUAAGUAAAAUACAAUCGGACCGAAUCUGUUUCUACUGCCUAGUUCGUCCCGCACAACAUUCCCAGGCGUGUGGCCAUACGGUUUGUGAUCUCUGUCCCCAAUUAUUUGGAGAACCAGCUCUAGACGCAGAGUAUCGUUUUACCAUGUCGAUGUGUCUACUGUGCCAGUCACAAGCUACAGCCGUGAUCGACGUACUUCCGCCUACUAUGAACCCAACUGUAUUGGCCAUCGACGGUGGGGGUGUCCGGGGUGGUAUCCCGUUGGAGUACCUAAUACUGAUUCAAGAAAGGCUAGGUGUGGAGUGUCGAUUGGUCGACUUGGUAGAUGUAUCCGUCGGAUCAAGCUCCGGGGGCUUGCUUGUUCUAGGCCUGAUCGGCAUGGAGUGGGAUGCACCCGCCUGCUCCCAAACAUUUGAUCUUCUCGCGCGGCGUAUUUUCCGUGAACGCCGACAGCCAGUAAUAUCUUGGUUGCUGCGCUUGGUAUUGGGGCGGGAUUCGCUCCUUGGGAAUAUCCCGAAAUGGCUGUCCUGGUUUCUCCAUGAUAGCUGCUACGACCCCAGAAUCUUUGACAUCAGCCUGCAGGAAGCAUUUAGCGGAAGCAGGCGUGUCUUUGAUCCAGUCGGCGAGCCCUCACAAUCACCCGUGCAUUCCAAAUCUAAGUUUGGAGUUAUUGCAGCGAGUAUUGCCAAGGAUACUAGAUCCUUCGUCUUUGGUAAUUUUAAUGCAGUUGACUGGUUUUGUAAAGAUCAUGGCUACGAACUAUUUCGGGCCGAAACGAGGAACGCUGAGCCAUUCAUGUGGGAAGUCGGGAGGGCUACAGCUGCAGCUCCAUUCUACUUUUCCACGGCCCAUUUACGCCACAUAGGCUCAUUUCAGGAUGGGGGGUUGCAAGAUAAUUUCGCGGCUGGUAUUGCCGGCAGACUGUGUCGCCGGAUCUGGCCCUCCAAGGCGGGUAUUGCAAGACUAAUUUCAAUGGGCACCGGCGAUGCUAGCCCUCCUACCGACCGUUCGCCCCACUUUCGUCAUGUUUUUCGAGACGGCUUUCUCCGGAGAGGAUUUGACGCUUUCAUGUCCAACUUGGGUACCACAUCAAAAUGGCUGCAGAUGGUCGAACACUUGGAUAGUGCUGUCAGACCCGACUAUAUUCGGUUGGAUGUCUCUCUGAACGACAUCCCAUGCACUAUUGAUGACGCUGAGGCUAUGGAUGAUUACCGUAACCUGGUUAUUCUCCAACCAGGUAGCGCCCGAAUGGCCGGUGAGGUAGCAACAUCUCUGCUUGUUGCUCGCUUCUUCUUUACACUGGAAAGUCAUUUGGAGAUUGAGUCUAUUGGGACACAUAUCUGGUGUCACGGCACCAUUCGAUGCAAGGGACCAAUCAAGGCUGUUGUAAGGGCCCUCGAGCGAAUGCACUCCGAGAGGGUCGACUUUGUCAGCGAUUCGGAGCAUCUAGGUGCCUUUGGUGGUGACGACGAUGUAUGCCGCGCCUGUGGUCGCUACUCAAAAUCUGUCUCCCUGUUCCUCCAACAUCCUAGUGAGGUGUUUAACAUCUACAUGCGUAUUAAUAAACAUCCAAAGUGGAGAAUUAGCGGUUUCCCGGCUUCCGCGGUAUCCAUUAGUGAGGCCCAGCAACUAGAACACCCAUUUGGCCGAUCAGACCACGGUCAACCAAUUAAUACACCGUGUGCCUUAUGUGACGGCCUAGCCAAUCCAUUUCGAGGAACCCGCAGGAAGCGCACUUCUAUGAUGUCCAUGGAGGAACAGGGGAGAAAGCGAGCCCGUGUGGUGGGUCAAGCUCAAGUUUACACUGCAGGGAGUUAA